AUGAGACUUUUCAAUCGCUGGAUCUUAGCCCUCUUGGCUGCCUCCGCCGCAAACGCUGACAGCUACGCUGAUUUUGCAAGCAGAUUGCAGGAUCUUUCGCGGUCGUCGCAACAAGAACUCAGUACCACCGGAGCAAAUUCAGCUACUUCUGCUUCUUCAGAUACUUCUUCUUCCUCUUCAUCCUCUACUUCCAGCUCAGCCACGACAGCUGGUGCGUUCACGACUUCUUCAAGCUUCAGCUCUCCGUUCGAAACCGAUACAACGUCCACAAGUGAUGCUCCAUCUCAAACGACACCAUCCUCUGUUGCUACUACUUCUAUUUCUUCAUCAACGGCUUCCACUCAAAGCACACCAUCUGACGUUGCUAUCACCUCCGAUUCUUCAUCAACCGCAGCUCCUCAAACUACCACUUCCUCAUCAACCUCGGCUCCUCAAACUACUACUUCAUCGUCGACAAACAACUGGUGGGAUUGGUUAAAUAAAUCCCAGACCUCUUCUACAACGUCAACUGCACCAGCGUCCUCUACGACUACUCAGGCUUCGUCUGCGUACCAGUCGUCAGCUGUAUCGCAAACGUUUUCCGCACCAACGACGUCGUCUGAUGUGCCAUCUUCUACUGCUAAAGUUGAACCUUCGUCAACAUCAACAUAUGCGGCUUCAACCACCAGCCCAUGGUUCUCUUUUGAGAGCCAGACAACAUCAUCUUCGACCCAAGCCGAAAGUUCUACAACGACCCCAUCUUCAUCUACAGAAGUUGAACCAUCUAGUUCUACUACACCGACUCCAACUUCAUCUACAGAAGUCGAACCAUCUAGUUCCAUCUCUUCAUCCGAGUACUUCUGGCCCAGUGAAAGCUCACUCACAACACGGUCUUCGACUUCUGCUACUACGACAGAUCUCUCGUCAACAUCCGCUGAUGACUCUAAGCCUGCGACCUCCUCUACUUAUUCUCCCACUCCACAAACCACUUCUGAAACGACCUUCGCCGAAAGCUCAAGCAAGUACACGACAUCGUCGCUGACCCCUACGUUGACCUCCUCGUCCGAUUUAGCAACAGCAAGUGGUGACCAGGCAACACAAAGUACUACUGCUUUUACAACAUCGACCACGCCUUCUUCUGAAGCGACCUCGUCUUCCCAAGACAACCAAAGCUCAAGCACUGGAACAUUUACGACUCCAACAACCAGCUCAGAGGCUGUUUUCACCACCAGUAGCUCUAGCGACAUCGUCGCUGCUUCAACGCCACUAUCGUCGGAGAGCUCCUUUGGUACUUCCACAUCUGCCAUUAGCGCUUCUUCCGAGAAUAGCUACUCCGCUCCUGCUACUUCGAGUACUGAAUUCACACAGGGAGCUUCUUCUGAAAACAGCGAAGCUAUUUCAACGUUUUUGAGCUCUGCAACAACUUCAACAACCUCUCCCUGGGCUAGCAGUUCUAAUCCAAUACCCUUGAGCACUACUGCCACGUCUUCGUUUUCCGAUACCUCAGAAGCUAUAUCGAUACCCAUAAGCUCGGCUACAAGUGCCACCACGGAGUCUUCAUCAUUGUCACCACAGAGCGAUAGCUUCAUGGCUUCUUCUUCAGAAACACCCGCGACAUUUUCUUAUUCACCCACCUCUAUUGCAACCGAAAGUGAAAGCUCUAGUUUCAGCUCUUUCUCAGCCGGCGAGACGACAACAUCAAGUCCUUACACGAGCGAAGAAAGUUUCACCUCCAGCUCUUAUACUCCUGUGGAAAGCUCGCAUGCAACCUCCUCGGAGUGGUAUCCUUCAACUAGUCAGUCCGCAACCUACUCGUCGCAACUGUCUCAAACUUCAGACCUGGCGUCCUCGACAUUUUGGUCCCAGAGUUUUGCCUCGACUUCCGAAUCCUACCAGCCUGAGACAUCAACUAGUGAGGAUUCUUAUAGCACUCAAAGCUCCGUCUAUACCAGUGCAACUCCCUCGUUCGUUACGCCUACGAGCGAUUAUUCCUCGAGUUCUCAAAGUUCUUCUGUUAGCACCGUCAUUCCCACCACUUUGAGCUCCGACUUGAGCUCCGACACGGCAAGCUAUCCAGUGACUUCCUCCUCAACGUUUUCCCUAACAUCGGGAACUCCCUCCUCGAGCCUCUCUUCUCCUUACUCAGAGUCUCAAACUUUAUCGUACAGCGAUUCGAGCUCUGUGGCGUCGCAAACUAGUACUUCGGAAACCUCUCAGAUACCCUCAACAAUGCCAUAUUCCGAAACUGCAUCUUCAGCUAUAUCCUCUGCUGUGAGUUCUUCAACGAGCGCGGGAUCUACAUCUCAAUUUUACCCCUCCUCUUCCAGUUUCCAACCAUCCACGAGUUCUGCUACAAUUUCCGGAACUAGUUCUACUUCGGAUGUCGCAAGUAUCACUUCAGCUGCCACCUUGAGCUCUGGUACUACCGUUUCCCAAACAUCUGAAUUCUCGUCCUCAUCUUCCUCUGAGGUCAGUUCUUCGUCUUUCUCGACGUCAUUAUCAGAGGCUGGUUCCUCAACGUCUCCGGAGUCGACAUCGAUUUCAUCCACAAAGUUGAGCACUUCAAUUUCCUCAUCUGAGCAAGUGACAUACUCUUCUAGUUCUUCGGUCUCUCAGAGCAUAGUUUCUUCGAGUAUUAGCGUAUCGGAGGCAAGUAGCACGAGUUUCGCUUCUUCGAGCUCAACUACGGAAAUCGCUUCUCCCGCUGCUACUGUCACGGGAUCGUCAGUGCCUCAAACGCAAUCCUUGCCACCAACAGAGUCUGCUCCGGCGCCAACUGAAGUGGCUUCGAGCUCGAUCCCAAUUUCCACUAGUCAGAUAAGCUCCGUGCCAUCAUCUUUUGCAGAGCCCUCUACCACUAAUUGGCUCCCAACCGCUAUGGUUGCUGCCUCUGCAUCUUCUUCUGUUUCUACUGCUCGCGGUAGUGCAGAAUCUGUUGAUCCCACACAAGCCACCAAAACUCUUCCUCAAGCGAUUGGAGCGCCAACUGAUGUUAAUCAACCAGACGGGUACAGCCUCAUUACCAUAGGUUUCAAGAAGUCACUUAACUAUCCGUUCGUGGUCGGAAACCCAGUUACUAGCGCGCAAAUUUUUGCCUACCUUCCGCUCACAAUCAGACAUCCAUUUGACGAGACAUUGAGUAAUGUUGAAGUGGCCAGAUUGGUUCCACUCGCAGUCAAGGGGAGAGACUAUCUCUUGACCGUGGCAGAGAUCUAUUUCCCCGCAGACCAGAUUUCAAGCCUCCAGGAACUAAUUCAGGAUGAAACCAGUGACUUCUACAGCACUAGCGAUCAACUAAGCAGUUUUGUCGAUCCUACAAUUCCUUUAACCGGGCUUGUUGAUUCCGGUGCAACCUCCUCCUCCGAUUCUAAUAGCAGCUCAGCUUCCUCAGACGCUAGUGGUAAUGUUUCUUCAGGUGGGAAACAAUCUUCGGGCUUCCGUAGCGCUGGCACACUUGGCUCGUCAAGUUACAGCGCCAAUGCUGUUGGAACCAAAGGUUUUAGCAGCAAGAAAAAGAUCAUUGCGUUGAUCGUAGGUGUUACUUGCGGAGCAUCUGUUUAUUUGGCCUUGAUGGCGGUGGCAUUCAGAUACAUCGUCAAGAGAAACAGAUUGAAAAACAGUGCGCCACACCUCGAUGAGACAUCCAGUUUCGAUUCAGGAUCGCAUGCUGGAGCCUUGAAUGACAACGAGAAACAUGUUGACGACCGUUCGUCAAUUUCUCCAAGCAUGCGAAUCAACGAUUGGAUGAAGCAAACUCAUUAUGGUGACGCAACUGAAGUAGGACAUCCUGUUGCAUUCGCGGACCAUGAAAGAGGAGGUACUUUGAAGAUAUCAAAACCAAUCGCUACAGAAAACUCUUUGGGUUGGAAUGAAAUUUGA